UUAUUGUUUUUUCAUUAUCUUUUGCAUCAUUUUAGGAUUGCAUUUCUACAUAGGUUAGGGGACUAAGGUUUUCGGUCUGGUUUGGAGUAUGGAAGUAUGGGUUUUCCAUCCUCUCAGCUGUAAUUUUGCAUGCGAUGCGCUCGCUCUCUAUCUUCACGAAGAAUGAAAGGGUCGUUUGGCAAACGAUGUCUGAGUCUUAUUCUGUUUUCUGGCCUUGCGUUUGUGCUGUAAACGUGGACGAAUCUCCAGCGAGCGAAGCUUCCGUCAAGAAUCGAUUCUUGUUCAAACUUGGACAACACAAAAGCUUCUCUCUCGUCAACAAACCCCCCGAGAACCCUGGAGUGUUGCUUUGGAGUUUUUGGAGAGCGAUACAGUCUCUGUCACCUCCUCGCUCGCGGCAGUGUCUCUUGGCUUUUGGUGGUUUUGGUUAGAAAGAUGAGGUUAUUUGACUUAUUUCCUCAGCUAGAAGCCGCUUUGGAACAAGAAGCAGGUAACAGACAAUUUACAAACAAGGAAGCCAAGAAGAGUGCGGCUGAUGAAAGAUUCUGUGAGGAAUUCUCACCAGCUUAUUAUGGGGUUUGCACCAUUGGGGGAAUGCUCAGUGCUGGGAUGACCCAUCUCGCUAUUACUCCUCUGGAUGUCUUGAAGGUGAAUAUGCAGGUGAACCCUAUCAAGUAUAACAGCAUUUAUUCUGGGAUAAAUAUUCUCUUGAGGGAAGAAGGCCCUUCUGCCCUAUGGAGAGGUUGGACUGGGAAAUUUUUUGGAUAUGGUCUUCAAGGCGGCUGCAAAUUUGGUCUAUAUGAAUAUUUCAAGAAACUUUACUUUGAUGCGUUAGUAGACCAGCACAGGAGCCUCAUCUACUUCAUCAGCAGUGCAUCUGCUCAAGUGUUUGCUGAUGUGGCUCUCUGCCCCUUUGAAGCUGUCAAAGUCCGUGUUCAAACACAACCUAAUUUUGCGAAGGGCUUAGGUGAUGGAUUUCCAAAGUUAUAUGCAACUGAAGGCCUCUCUGGCUUUUACAAGGGUCUUGUGCCACUUUGGGGUCGAAAUCUUCCAUUCUCUAUGAUUAUGUUUUCGACGUUUGAGCAUUCUGUGGACUUAAUAUAUCAUAAUAUCAUUCAAAGAAGAAAGGAGAACUGCUCAAGAACUCAACAGCUAGGGGUGACAUGUGUAGCUGGCUAUACAUCCGGAGCUGUUGGCACCUUAAUCUCUAAUCCUGCGGACAACAUUGUUGCAUCUCUUUAUAACAAAAAGGCUGAUAAUGUGACGCAGGCUGUAAAGAAAAUUGGGCUUGUCAAUUUGUUUACAAGAAGUCUACCUAUCAGGAUCACAAUUGUUGGACCUGUUAUAACCUUGCAAUGGUUAUUCUAUGACACCAUUAAAGUCUUAACUGGGCUGCCAACAAGUGGUGGUCAUAACAGUCUCAAGGAAGAAGUGGACUGAACGGCUUAAGCUAUAAAUGGGCAGCCAUUUAACCUUUGUUACUUCAGCUUAGUUGUCAUUGAUACAGAAUCACUAGCUUGUGGCUUUCCAAUUGAAGUGGUAAUUGGGGUCAUCAAAUCAUUGCUGUUCGAUACUACUACAGCAAAUGACACCUUUUCUUUCUGCUAUCAAUUUUUCUGGUUGUAGUUCAUUGCGAUUACAAAUGUUACUGUCUCCCCUGCUUGAGCAAUGUCCAUUUCUUCGUCGUUGAGUGGAGAAAUAUGAUGAUUCAAUAUGUUUAACAGAAUUUCUCUCU